UGUGGAACGUUCGUACGCUCAUAGUGUGAUACGGAGAGUUGGUAUUAAGAGGUUUCGUACACGAAAAGAACAGAACAAAAAAAAAGAAAACGUAAGAAGCAAUAUCUACGUGUUGCGUCGAGAGUAUUGUGUGGAUACGAAGCGGAUAGUCGAUACGCGGAUUGAUAAAUGAUUGAUUGAAUUUAAUAGACUUACCGACGAAAGUGUGAAUCAAUAUAUAUAUAUUUUUUUUUUGCUGAAACGAGGAACCGCAGCAAAGGAAAAGUGAUAUAAGGAAAUAAAAUAUGCGAAUUUUAGACAAACAUAAAUAAUGACUAAAGACUUUAAAUGUGUUUUACAUAAAUAGUGACAAUCAAAAUUAGACUAAAAUAAAUGCAAUUGUUUCUCAUUGAAAUUAGGAAAAAAAGAAACAUUACGAAAAACGCCUGAGUGACACAAAAAUAUAUUAACUGGUGCUCAAGGGCCUGUAAAUUUUUAAAAUACGAUUGCCGACGGUAAAACAAUACUAAAAACUAAGCUAAAUCAGCAAUUUCCGUAAUUAUAAAGUUUGAAGUAAAAAGAAAACAUUCGGAUUGGAUUUUGUUGCUGCUGUGGGGCAAGAGGAAAAAGUUGCCGGCAAUAGCACCAGUAUUCUGAACGACGGCAGCAGCAGCGGCGAGCGCUACAAAGUGUCCAAAAACGGCAGCGCGCACAAACACGCACAUAACACAUGCGUGUGUAGAUAUGUAUGAGCGUGCGUGUGUGUGGAAUAGGAGUAACGCUUAAAAGUCAUAUCUAUAUAUGAACAGAAGUAGGCAGCAGGAGGCGCUAGCGGCAGCGCAGUAGCAGCGCGACAGCGACGCAAUGGCAAAGCGAUUUUUCAUCAUCAGCGGCGAAACAAAAAAGCAACCAAAAAAAAAACAACACAAAUACACACAUGAGAACGCAAAAAAAUAUUGUAAUUGAAAGCAACAGCGACACACGAAUUUAUUGAUAUUACACAUUAUGAGCGGUGGCGAGCAUUAUUAAAGUUUAAAUGAAUAUGAUGAUGACAGUUGAUGACGGCAGCGUGUAGCGUAAACAACAAUCGAGCAAUCGAGCAACCGACUGAACGGCCAAUCAACAAUAAUACGGUGCCACAGCAACGCCGGCGGUUAAUACAAAAGCUAAGCUCUCUCUAAGCGCGCUGUGUAAUUUACUUAAAUUAAAAAAUAUCGCAAUUUCAAUUCUAAUCAUCAACGAAAAAAGUUACUUAAAUAUUUUGCUAUAUUAAAAAAAAUAAAAAGUUAUAAUGCAACGCUUACAGCUAAAAAAAAGGAAAUGCAAUAAUUUAUAAAAAAUUAAAUACAUUUCACGUCGCACACCAACAUCAAGAAUUGAGCGCUCAAACCAAUUGGAAAAACGCCACCCACGUAUUUUUCUCAAUUUCAUUUAUUUCAAAAAUUCUACGCUAAUGACGCGCUCAAAUUGCACCACAACAAAAGCGCCGCCUUCAAGUCACAAUCGCAUUCAGAAAUGGAAAUUUCAGUAAACUUAUGACUUAUAACGGCAACUGAAAUCAUUGCAAAUUGAUUUGUGUGUGGUAAAUUUUGUUUGCCCUUUUUAAGAGCAACAAAAAACAUAAGAAAGCUUAACAACCAAAGCUAAGUAACGUAAAAAGUGUAAGCCAAUUUUUCAAUAUUUGAAAUUAGCUUAUAAAUAUUAAAAAUAUUAUUUAAAUGAAAAAUCAUAUAUCAACUGUUUUGUGUGAAAUGCGUAGUGAUUUUAAAGAUAAUCAUCAAGAAACGAUCAAUAAAAUGAUACAAUUUGGCACCGUUAAAUAUGGAAUCGUCAAACAGUUGAAAGAUCGUGCGAGAAGCGCCGAGAAAGCUUCAGAUGAUUCAAGCGAUCAGGAGGAGAAUGGUGCUUGCUGCUCGCCCAUUACUAGCCAAGAAAUGGCGAGUAACAAAGACUCCACAAACACAACAACGGCAACAACGGGAGCUACGAAUGUGGUUGCCUCGCCGCAGCAAAGCGCAAUUGGCAAUGAUUUGUCCGUUGCGGCACAAGCCCAAGAUCGCGCACAAAGCGCAGCCGAUGUGGCAGAAAAUAGCACAACAACAGAAGCUGCUGCACACGACGUUGCAGUCACUGAAGAUCACAAUCACAACAACACCAGCAACAUCGACGGCAAUAGCAAUAGCAACGGCAGCGCCCAUGAUGUUAUAAUGUCCGGUGCAUCGGCAACGCGACUAGAACAAGCGCGCGGCUCGACACCCGUGGAGCGUUUACUACAAUUGAAAUCACUUGCCAAUGCGGCGGAUGUGACGACGACAAUGGCAAUGGUGAGUGGAGACAGCGCCGCGUCGGCAAUUAGCGCUGCCAGUUCGCCGCCAUACAAUACAUAUCCCACAGAUAACGCUUGUAAGACUAACAACAACAAAUUUGGUUCACCCACGCCUAUGGAUAUGGAGGAGCAGGAGAGACCGCUUUAUGCAUCGGCAGGCACGAUGGCAAAGCAGCGCGCGCCAGCAAUUGAAGGAGGCGGCGGCGGCGACAACGACGAAGAAGAGGAAGAUGAAGAAGAGCAGGGAGCACAGGCACCUGAAGAAUUUGCGCUGAAACAGCAUGCAAAAGAAUUAACUGCUAAUUCAGCAACACCAAAGCCCAGUGGCUCAGAAGAGGUCAACAAUGCAGCUGCUACAUCCGAUACAGAUACCAUUGCGAAGACCACUUCUGCGCCCCUGACACCCACCGCUAGCAUAUUACCACAAAAUGCUGCCGCUUUUGGCGCCGCACCCGUCAAUCUGGAAGCCAUACAAAAUAUGCAAAUGGCUAUCGCGCAAUUUGCCGCCAAGACGAUUGCGAAUGGUGCGCAGGGCGGCGAUAAUGACGCGGCUAUGAAACAGUUGGCAUUUUUGCAGCAAGCGCUGUUCAAUCUACAGCAACAACAACUUUUUCAAAUACAACUCAUACAGCAGCUGCAAUCGCAGUUGGCAAUGAAUCAGCCGAAGGGUGCAAGCGAAGGGGAGGUUGAGGGGGAGGGUGAGGGUGAAGAAAUGGAAGAGGAGCGUGAAGACGGCGAGGAGGAUACAUAUGAAGAAGAAGAACGUAUUGCGGAGAUGGAAUUGCGUCAGAGAGCGGAGGCGCGCAUGGCUGAAGCGAAGGCGCGUCAGCAUCUGAUAAAUGCAGGGGUACCGUUGCGUGAUGAAACCGCCCCCGGUGCAAGCGCAACCACGUCUAGUGCGUCAGGAGCAGCUAGUGGCGCAUCUCCCUUGGAGUCGCUAAAACGCAAGCGUGAAGAUGAUAGUGAUGCCUUUGGCAGGGCCAGCGCCAGCAGACGCAUAAGCGUUGAGGUGACGCACGGCAGCGCUACACGACACGGCGAGCAAAUGCCAGCAUCAUCGGAUCCGCUGAGUAAGCUGAAGGAGUUGGAGAAUAUGCCACUGCCGUACGGUUCCGAUCUCGCGUCUACCAUAAUAACCAAUCACGAUGAUCUACCCGAGCCCAAUUCACUAGAGAUGCUGCAAAAGCGUGCGCAAGAGGUGCUGGACUCCGCCUCGCAGGGCAUACUCGCGAACAAUAUGGCCGAUGAGUUUGCAUUCAGAGACAAGAAUGGCGAUCGUAAUGAGCCAUUCUUCAAGCAUCGUUGCCGCUACUGCGGCAAGGUGUUCGGUUCCGAUUCCGCGCUCCAAAUACACAUUCGUUCUCAUACCGGCGAACGCCCAUUUAAGUGCAACGUUUGUGGCAGCCGCUUCACCACCAAAGGCAAUUUGAAGGUACACUUUCAGCGGCACGCGCAUAAGUUUCCGCAUGUGCCAAUGAAUGCUACGCCUAUACCCGAGCACUUGGACAAAUUUCACCCACCUCUGUUGGAUCAAAUAUCGCCAGAUAGCUCGCCAUCUCAUACACCGGCCGAAUUGCCACAGCAAAUGCCACAACACAUGCCGCCUGGGUCACUGCCGUUACCCUUUCCACCCAGUACUGCUUUCCCCGGCUUGCCUGGCCUGUACCGGCCGCCAAUGGAGCUGCUUAAGUCUUUGGGUAACGCUGGCUUUCCUAACCCGUUUUUUCCGCAAAUGCCGCUCGUUGCGGGGUCACGCACAGAGACCCCUGCAACACAGACUGCGUCCAAGGGAAAUAAGCAAGAUACACCUACAGAUUUGCGCAAGUCCUCGGCGUCCAACUCACCCGAACUGCCUGUGAAGACUGAAAUUACGGAGAAAAAGGAAGACGAUCAAUCAACAGUGCAAAAGGUAACGUCGCGGUCAUCGGAACCAACAAAUGGUGAUACACCACCGGACGCACCGCCAGCGUUGGACAUAAAAAUCAAGGAGGAAAGUAUCGAUAUAGACUCGCACGACGAAGAGAUGGAUCGUGCGGACACUCCACCCGCUCAGUCAGCAUUAUCACCUGUACGCGCUACCUCAUCGCCAACACAAACGAGUGCUAGCGCGCCCUUCACGCCUCCAACUCCAACCUCAAAACCGUUGGCACUGACACCUGUGGGGCACCCGGCACAACCACCAAUUACAAUUCAUGCGCAUCCCUCACCAGGCAUGCAUAAUCACCUCGAUCAUCUGCCCACACCUGGCCAGUUGCCGCCGUCUUUCCACCAUCGGGACGACUUUUUUGCGGAACGUUUCCCAUUGAAUUUUACGAAAAAUCUCUCACCCGAGCAUCAUUCACCCAUACGCUCGCCCGCCCACUUACAGCGCUCACCGUUCUUCAAUCCGAUCAAACACGAGAUGGCACUACUGCCACGCCCACAUAGCAAUGACAACUCUUGGGAGAAUUUCAUAGAGGUUUCAAACACUUCGGAAACAUUAAAGCUGAAGGAGCUAAUGAAGAACAAGAAACUUACCGAUCCGAAUCAGUGCGUCGUGUGCGAUCGUGUGCUGUCGUGUAAGAGCGCUUUGCAGAUGCAUUACCGCACCCACACAGGCGAACGACCUUUCAAGUGCCGAAUUUGUGGGCGCGCUUUCACUACCAAAGGUAAUUUGAAGACGCACAUGGCCGUGCACAAGAUUCGGCCACCCAUGCGCAACUUCCACCAAUGCCCCGUCUGCCACAAAAAGUACUCGAAUGCACUGGUAUUACAGCAGCACAUUCGACUGCACACAGGCGAGCCGACCGAUCUAACACCCGAACAAAUACAAGCAGCCGAAAUACGUGAUCCCCCGCCAUCAAUGAUGCCCGGCGCCUUCAUGAACCCCUUCGCAGCAGCAGCUUUCCACUUCGGUGCUAUGCCGGGAGCAGGCGCUGCCAUGGGUCAUCUAGGCCCGCACAAUGGCACUCUGGGUUCAGAGUCAUCGCAGGGUGAUCUGGAUGAGAACAUCGAUUGCGGCGAUGACUUCGACGAUGAUAUCUCCUCCGAACACAUGUCCAGUGGUCAUGACUUAGAUGUAAGCGAUCGGCCGAAAUCCAGCGAUGACUUCAAAGGCCUGCUUUUCGAGCAAAAGCUACGAAUCGAUGCCAGCGGAGUCGUGAAUACCACACCCCGACCCCGCUCGUCUACCAGCAAUGCAAACUCAAUAAAUUCCGCCCCAACCAGCCCUAGUUCGGGAGCUCCGCGUCAAUGCUCUACGCGCACCAGCUCGCCGGCUCGCUCUAUGUCUGAAGCAUCUCAAGGCGCGUUGGAUCUGACGCCGCGCGCCUUGCCUGUGCUCGCGAGCAACAGCAGCAGCAGCUCGCGUUCACCAGCGCCAACAGCCAGUGCAACUCAAGCAGGCGGACGCAAGUCACCUACACCACCACUGCGUAAUAGCAGUGCCAAUAGCAACACAACAAGAAGCCCAAAUCCUGUGCCCUCACAAAAAUCACAUUCACAGCUGAGUCCUGCUGCGGCGCUUACCUCACCUCUGGUGCCCACCUCGGCUGUCGAUUGCUUGCCACCAGUGCUGCAUCACCACUUACAGCAGCAACAUCAGCAACUAAUGCAGCAGCAAGCGGUAGUGGCGGCAGCAGCGCAUGCACAGGCUCAAGCGCAGCACCAUCACCAACAACUGCAGCAGCAUGCAGUCGCUUUUCAUGCGGAGCAGCUGCGGCGUGAGCACCAAAUAAAGCAGGAGCAGCAGCAGGCAGCACAUCAGCAACAUAUGCGACAACAACAACACCAGCAAGAGUCACAUGCGUCGGCGCAAUCACCACAUCAGCUAGCGUUGCAGCCACCGCACCUGGCGCAUCACCUACAACAACAGCAACACCAACAAGCAGCAGCAGCAGCAGCAGCAGCGGCGGCGGCGGCCCAGCAACAACAGGCAUCGGGUGCGCUACCACCACAGGGGCCACAACCACCGAACCCACUGGUUGCGGCGCGUCCGCCCUUCGGCAUGUUCCCCAAUUUGCCGCUCUUUCCGCCAGCCACUGCGCAAACGAUGUGCUCAGCUAUGAAUACGAUUGCGCAAUCGGUAAUGCCGGCGGCACCAUUCAAUCCACUUGCACUUUCCGGCGUGCGAGGGAGCACCACCUGCGGCAUCUGUUUCAAAACAUUCCCUUGUCAUUCAGCUUUAGAAAUUCACUAUCGCAGUCAUACCAAGGAGCGACCAUUCAAGUGUACGAUCUGUGAUCGUGGCUUUACUACAAAGGGGAACCUCAAGCAGCACAUGCUGACCCACAAAAUACGGGACAUGGAACAGGAAACUUUCCGGAAUCGUGCAGUAAAAUGAGUGGCUGCAAAGAAGGCUACGAGUAGUGAGCUCAUUGCAUACGUUUAGAGAAGAAAACGGGCGGUAGCUGAAUUCAUGAAUACAAAAAAUAAAAAACCCACACACACACAUGAUAACUAGAAAGAAACCUGCAAAAAGUCCAAAAAUCUCAAAAUUAUGCUCUUAAGGUGCUACCAGGUGCGUCGCUCUCUAUACCCACUUCCCCUCCCACACCCCAGUAUGUUGUUUGUAUUUCGCUGGUGUUGUGUGGUAUUCAUUUCGUGUAUUUAUUUGUGUAAAACUUCAAUGCAAAUAUGCAAAGAGACAAUGCAAGCAGUAACUGUUGCACGUGCUUAUCGAAAGAAAAAAACAAAAACAAAAAAUAAGAAAAAAAAAAUAAAAUAAAACACAAAAACAGUUUAAGGAGUUGAGUAAUGAAAACUAGUGUUUAUAUCCCUUAGUAAUGAUCUCAGCAAUGGGCCUCGAGUGGCUGCUUUGAAAAUGAAAUGAACUUAAGUUGUGCUAAAUUAUUUUGUACUAAGUUCUACUCAACGAGUAUUCACUGUUGAUUUGUACUUUACCUAUCUUAACACAGCAUGGCCGUAUCGGAAAAAGAUGAAUGACGAAAAAUCAUACUCGUAAAAUCCUUUUUUGCUUCUGCCUUUUGAAGAGUGAAAAAUAGAAUAAAUAAGUAGCAGCAGAUUAGUAAAAUUGAAAAUAACUUUUUGUUUAAACAAGCAGCGCGCGCAGCACAAACAAAAGUGAAAUGAAGCAGCCAUAUAAAUGUGAAAAAAAUCAAGAAGAAUAUGUUUGGCUGCGCAAAUUGAGAAUUAUUGUUGCCAAUGAAAUAUACAAUGAAAAUAUUAUGGGGCAAUUCACAAUUAAGCGCAAAUGGCCUGGCAGCAUGGCGUUUGUAAAUAAUGAUGGUAAAAAUAUUUUAUUUCAUUGUUUUGUUGGCAUUGGGAAUUUGCAAAUGCUAUGAUGCCAGGUUAUUUGCGCUCCAUUGGGAACUGCUCAUAGGUGAUAAUAAUUUGAAUAGGAAAAUAAAAAAUAUUGAAUGAGCGAAAGUCCAAAUGUUUUUUGCCAAGCAGACGUGAAAAUACUGCGAUGGUCAAAUAAAAAAAAACAUAUACAUACAUACAUAUAUGUGUACAUGCUUUCAUAGUUAAUAGCAACACUUCGGUUGCGGCACCUGCAUGCCUUCUUUCAUACAUUUCCAUAUUCUGCAGAAGCUCUUCAAUAUUUGAAUUUUUAUUAUCGGAUUUUAACGGUAUUUUUUCGACUUUUUAUCUGUUUCUUGUUUUAUUGCUCGUCAUUGCUGUCUUCUUACCUUUGCUGGUUGUUGUUUGUAGCGAUCGCUGGCUGCUUCAGAGUUCAUUUUGUUUUCCAGGCUUUGGUCCUCAAUCAUCUCUUUUAGUUUAAACAGAUAAAUACUUACAUAAAAAUCUAUAAAUGAAAGCAAACUAAUUGAAGCAUACAGAUAAUUCUCAACUACAUAAACAAACUGUUUAUUGAAUUGAAGAAAACGCAAUAAAAAACAGAGAAAAAAUCAAAAAUGAAACGUAUCCAAAGAUGCAGCAAUGGUGGUCGCCUGUGUACGAGCCGCUCUCUGAUGUAUAAGCUGGAAGAGUGGGGGCGUGGUACAUAUGUAGCCUAUUGUUUAUUGCAAUGAGACUGAUUUCGUUUCAGUUAGACUCAAAUAAGCAGAAAUUCUAUGAAAAUAGGUCGCUCAGAAGAACUAUACAAAUUUUUAUUAUUUAAAAACGAAUAAAUAAAAUUAAGUAAAAUGGCAUAAAAAAAUUUAAAUAAAUUAAAGAAAAAGAAUAAAAUAAAAAAAGAAUAAAAUAAUAAAAUAAAUAAAGUAAAAUAUAAAAUCAAAAUUAAAUUAAAAAAAUAAAUAAAUAAAAUCAAAUACAACAAAAUAAACUAAAGUAAAAUGUAAUGAAAUAAAAUUAAGUGAAAUAAUUAAACUAAAGUAAAAUGAAAUAACGACGAAUUAAAUAAAAAAAAGUAGGAA